GUGGUAGACCUCUGUGCUUAUGGCGGACGGAAGUCUGACGUUCUUCAGAAUUUUUGGAGAGAGGAUUAAUUUUGUUUUGUUAUAUUGAACAUAUCAUUCUAUCAGAUGUUGUCAAUUUCAUAUUGAAUUAUGGAUGAAAUUCUUUCCAAAGAAGACCUUAAGCGUUUUGAGGAACAGUAUAAUGCUGAACUUGAAAAAGGAAAGGUUUCUUCAGAUACACAGUUUAAUUAUGCUUGGUGUUUAAUCAGAAGUGAUAACAAGGGUGACAUUUUAAAAGGAGUGCUUCUUCUUCAAGGAAUACAAGUCAGCUAUCAAAUACACAAACAGACUGCUGCAAAUAGAACCUCAAAACCGUCAAGGAAUAGAACUGCAAGAGAAGAUUACUACAAAAAUGAAGAAAGAUGGCUUAAUUGGACUUGGUAUUCUGGGUGGUACAGCUCUCAUUGUGGGUGGAGCAGCAGCCUUGGUUGGACUUGCAUUUGCCAGUCGCAAGUGAACAUUAUGCUCAAAGAAGACAACGGAUAAUGUGUAGGAUACGACUAGACAUCACUGUACUAAAA